CGGAGUUUUUGGACCAACAGGGGGCACACGGAGCGAGCCAGACUCUCAGCGCUCGUUCACAGAGACCUGCGGUAGUGCUCUUGGUCUCAGUGCUACAACUGCUGCAUUGUCGCAGCUGGCAGCUCUCCUUGGACCACUGGUUUCAAAAAGCGGCAGCCUCCUAGGGCAGCGGAGCGCGGGCCGCGCAGCGCUCUAACAAGCUGCAGCGCUGGGUAGGAAAGCGCAUGCCGCGCUGGUUCAUAAUAAUGCUGCGCCUCGCCGCCGCCCUGAGACCCGCGACGCGCCUAAGACGAAGACUCUCGCUCGCCGCCGCGCCGACGCAGCUCGACGGCUACUGGACGAGACAAAUAGAAAACCUCCGAAGGCCCGCGGCCCAGGCCCUGAGCGACCGCUUAGCAACGAACGCCCUCGGCUUCCCCCACGACAGUCUAGAUAAACCCCCUGCAAAUGGAAGGAAAACACUCCUACUGGAGACCUUAGAGUGGAAACUCGAGCACCCCACGAAAGUUUUACUCGUGCGCGUCGGCGAGUUCUACGAAGCGUGGGGCGUCGACGCUACGUUGCUCGUGGAGCACUGCGGUUUAAAUCCGAUGGGCGACAAAGUAAGAGCGGGGUGUCCCUGGCGGAAUUUGCAGCAGACGCUCGAUGGCUUGACCCGAAACGGCUUAACCGUGGCGGUCUAUGAAGAACGGUUCUGUGCUGAUCCUCGUCGCAAGAAAGAAAGGUACUUAGCACAAGUGGUAGCACCGGGCGCUUCCACAUAUGUGCAGAACCAGGCUCUCAGUAGAAAUGAUCUCGAGUGGCGCUGCGAGGGGCCGCAGUUCGUCGCUUCUGCUGUUGGUGAAUCAGGUGCGUCGGUGAUAUGUUUGGAUGUCGACGCGAGGACUGCUUGCGUCUACGAUUCAUUGACGCCCGACGGGUGUCGAGCCGCCGUAAGUGCUCGUGGAGGUGCCGCGGCGCCGGCCUUCUAUUUCGAUUGUAAAGCUAGUGGGUCGAAAGCUCAAGAGAUUAAUAGGAGGAACGCGGCGAAGCGGAACGCUCUAGCUUUAGUAGAUGACCGGGAGCGACUCGAUGACGACCGGGCCGUGCGAUUGGAGGACCCCGGUACUACGGAAGGUCGCGUACGUUUAUUCGCCGAGGAGGUGGCUCGAUCCGUCUUGUGCGUCGAGGACCCUUUGUCAUUUGCAGAGGAAGUACGGGUAUCAACUCCAAGAACACAGCGGCCUUUGUUUGCUUCCACAGCUAGGGACGUCGGCUUGGCUGACGACGAGCUCGUGCCUGCAUUAGUUCCUAGGUUACUACCAUCUAGAGGUGCUCGCGCGGCCUCGCAGCGAUUUCUACGGAGAUGGUUGUUAGCGCCACCGUCCGAGCAACCAGCAACAGCGAUGCGGUCGCUACUAUCAGCAUUAUUAGAUGAGGCGUGCCCGCCUUUACCUUUGGAUGAUGCGCCGAAUCUCCCGAGGCAGAAACUAGUACGUUUGUUAGCGGAGAAGGAGGCGAAUGCGUUACUGUUUCGCGACGCCCACAGGGCAUCUGUCGCAUGCCGCCAGGCGAUUAGUGAGGCGCCUUCGUCCAUUUCUAGACCUUUGCUCGAGUUACUUGACGCGAGCGAGGCGGGCGGGGUGUUCUCGUUGGAGGGAGACGAUCUCGUAGAUGCUGCGGCGCGUUUGGAAGGUGUCAUUUCAUCAGUGGUAAGUAUCGACCAGGACGACGCCGUUUCAUCUUCUGAUAGACUCCCUGCCGCGUUCAUUGAGAGAAACGAGGUCUUUAGAGGCGUGGUACUGCGGGACCACCGUCCUGAGGUUAGGGACGCCUACGCUCGGGUCGAUGCUUGUCUGACGGAACUCGAGAAUGCCGUCGCGGAAUUCCCGGACGGCGACGACGUCUUGUAUGAUGUGGCGAACUGUGUGGAAAUCAACAUGUGCGUCUCGGCCUAGCGGUGAGGAACGCAUCGUCACGCCAUCGAGCAGGCGUCGCGUCGAUGGCGUGGAGGAACGCGCCGUAAAAUUUUGAUUUCCACACAGGUGGCGAACAACGUCGUCUGCCUGCGCGGGGCGCCUUCUGGUGAUGAAGUAGCACCUAGAGAUCGGUUCCGCCAGCCGCUGCCACGACGAAGGACGUCGCAGCGAGCCCUCGACGCCAAUGACGCGUACUGCGCUGCUUGUAGCGACGCGUCACUUGUGGUAAGGGCGUCUCUACGUGAAUUGAGCGAGACCGUCUACUCUCAACAUUUGGACACGGCCGUGGCCUGUAUAUCCGUGUGUGAAUGUGGCGCAGCGGCUCUGGACCACGCCGAAGCUUCUCGAGAGAAAGGAUGGUCUUUACCUGCUUCGGGAAAGACUCUGACGCUAAAGGGCCUGACGCCCUUCUGGCUCGACCGUGGUUCGUCAGUCCCGAACGACGUCUCCCUAGCAAGUGGACAAAUGGCCUUUUUAACAGGACCGAACGCGUCCGGCAAAAGUACACUGUUACGAAGUACGGCCGCCGCAGCUUUAUUGGGAGCGUCGGGUCUAUGUGCACCGAUCAGUGAAGGUACCGUGCCGCACUGGGACGGCAUUCUACUGCGACACGCCACGGGCGACGCGCCCCUCUACGGGAAAAGUUCUUUCGAGCGAGAAAUGGACGCCGUGGCGCAGCUCUUCCGGGAAUGUUCACCUGAUUCAUUGGUGUUGGUCGAUGAAUUGGGCCGCGGGACGUCUUCUACCGAAGGUGCCGCCAUCGGCGGUGCUGUUCUAGAUGAACUUACGGAUAGAAAGAUGCGGGGCGUCUUCGCGACGCAUCUACAUGAGAUCCUGGAGGAGGAUUCUAGAGAUGAUGUGAAGAAGUGGAGGAUGGGAGGCAACCACAGUUGUGACGAGGGUGUUUGUGUCGACUCUCUCGCGUUAGAUGCUGCUGUCGCUGCGGAGGUCCCUUCCAGGAUCGUGGAGCGGGCGGCGCUUACGCUUGGAAGGGACGUGCCCUCUGUCCAACAGGAUGAGGUGGACCUGCUUGCUUCGGCCUUUGACGCCCUCUCGGACCAAGGGUUGGUACCGGAAACCUUACCUAGAGAUAAAGCGCCGCCGCCCCGAUUGAUAGGUACGUCGUGCGUCUACGCCUUUUCUACGUCCGACGGUUUAUAUGUGGGCGAGACGGACUCCGUGCGCGACCGCCUGAAGAAGCACGGGCGGACGUAUGAUAUCGGCGACGCCUUAGUGGUUACUGUAAAGGACAAGUCCGCCGCGCGGAAGGCGGAGGCGACGGCUCUUAAGAAGCUCCAGGCCCUCGGCGUGCCGCUGCUCUCUACUUCCGAUGCGUCAAAUGUGCACUUCGGGGGCGCAUCAUAACCUAUCAUUUGUGUGAAUUUAUACAGU